AUGAAUAAAGAUAUAUUACCAAAAGGCUCUAAAAAACAAAUAAUACUUGAUGAAACUCAAUUAUAUAAUCAAUUAAAUAAUAAAUCAACAUUAUCAGAAGAUCUACAAACAUCUCUUCUUAACGUUGGUAUGCGUAUACGAAAAGCAAUUGCAUCAGGGUAUAAAACAAAGCAAACAGAUUCUCCUAUAUCUAAAUCUAAUAUUGAUAUUAUUCAUCCAACCUAUCCAUCCAAAAAUUUAUCGAUUAAACAUAAACGAAGAUUAUCAUAA